AUGGACGCCAAGAAGCGGCGUGAGCGCGAGUGGGACGCCCGCGAGGCCAUGGCCAAGGUCCGGGCGUCGCUGCCUAUCUUCGCGUGGAAGAAGUCGAUCCUGGACACGGUCCGGUCGAGCCGCGUUGUGAUCGUCGUCGGCGAGACGGGCUCGGGCAAGACGACGCAGAUCCCGCAGUACAUCUUCGAGGCGCACAUGACGAACCCGAGCAAGAAGAUCGCCGUGACGCAGCCGCGUCGCGUCGCCGCCAUCACAGUCGCCCAGCGCGUCGCCGAAGAGAUGGGCACGCGCAUCAAGGACGGCCCCGUCGGCUACUGCGUGCGCUUUGAUGACACGACGUCCGCGUCCACGAAGCUCAAGUUUAUGACCGACGGUAUGCUUGUGCGCGAGGCGCUGCUCUCUCCGUCGCUCGACGCGUACUCGGUCGUCGUGCUCGACGAGGCCCACGAGCGGUCGCUGCAGACCGACAUCCUCUUUGGUGUCAUCAAGCGCGCGCUCGCGGCGCGCAAGGACCUCCGCGUCGUCGUCAUGUCGGCGACACUGGACGUCGGCCUCUUCGAGUCCUUCUUUAAAGAGAGCUCGCCAGCCGUGCUGCGGAUUCCUGGCCGAACACACCCGGUGGAUAUUUUUUACACGACCAAGGCGCUGCCCGACUACCUCGACGCGGUCCUUAUCACAACGCUGCAGAUUCACUUGGACAACGCCGAGAACAAUGGCAGCAUUCUCGUCUUCCUCACGGGCCAAGAGGACAUUGAGACCAUGGAAGGCCUUCUCAACGACUAUGGCACGCGGCUCCCAGCGACGUCCUCCAAGCUGCUCGUGUGCCCGAUCUUCUCGGCCAUGCCCCGCGAAGCGCAAAUGCUGGCGUUUGAGCCUGCGCCCCGCGAUGUGCGCAAGGUCAUUUUGGCCACCAACAUUGCCGAAACGUCGAUUACGAUCAACGGCGUCCGGUUCGUCGUCGACGCUGGCCUUGUCAAGCAGCGGUCGUUUGUCGGGCACAUGGAGCAUUUGCAUGUCGAGUCCAUCUCGCAGGCGCAGGCGUGGCAGCGCAGUGGUCGUGCGGGUCGUGAGGCCCCCGGCGUGUGCUACCGCCUCUUCCCCGAGGACAAAUUCGAGGAGCUGCCGGCGCGUGCGAUCCCGGAAAUCAAGCGCGUGAGCCUUGAGAUCGUGGUCUUGCAGCUCAAGACCAUGGGCAUCGACGACAUCCUCGGCUUUGACUUUAUUGAACGUCCCAACACGGCCAACCUCAUGCGGGCCCUCGAAAAGCUGUACGCACUCGGCGCCUUCCACGCCGAUGGCUCACUCACGCCGCGCGGUCGGACCAUGGCCAGUCUCCCGGUUGAUCCCAUGUGUGCGGUCAUGCUUCUGCGCGCCCUCGAGCUCGAGUGUGCGGCCGACGCGCUGAGUAUUGUGGCCAUGCUCAGCGUCGAGUCGAUCUUUUACUCGCCGCGCGAUCAAAGGAAAAAGCGGCGGCGUCCCGUGCUCAGUUUGUAUCGCUCGAUGGCGACCAGCUCAUGCUCCUCUCGGUCUACAACGCGUACGCGCAAACGUCGCUCAAGCAGCGUGCCAAGUGGUGCCGCGAUCAUUUCAUCAACCACCGGUCCAUGCAGCGCGUCGAGAAAGUCCGCGACCAGCUUGUCACGUACCUCUCCAAGGUCGCGCCGUCGUCCGAGGCGUUGACGGCGUCGGCACUGCCCGACACCGUGCCGGUCCGGAAAGCGAUCGUCGCCGGCUUUUUCCUCAACAGCGCGAUGCGCACCAAGUCGGCGCUCAUGUCGAAAGCGAGCUUCCAGACCAUGUGCAAUGCGACCAAAGAAGAUGUCAAGGUGCACCCGAGCUCGGUGCUCUUCCAGCGCAACCCACCGCCGCGCUACGUGGUCUUCAACGAACUCGUCUUUACGAGCAAGCACUAUGUGCGCAACCUUGUACCGAUCGAGAAGGAGUGGCUCGUCGAGGCCGCGCCUGCCUUUUCAAGACCAUCGACCAGAUCCGGCAGUAGAGAGCAUGCGAUCAAGAGACGACAUACAGUUGAAAUAGAUGCCUACAUGAAUGUAUUAUAAUGA